CGAGCAUUGUUCCUCUGUGCCUCCGGUGCACAAUAAAAUAUGUGAAAACACUUAAUUAUUUGACUUAUGAAUGGAAUGAUUUAUUCUCAUUCUAUGCAAAUUGGGAUUCUUAAAACCAAACUCUGAAUGGAAGUAAUUGGUGUGAAGUAUUGCCUUCUGAUAAGGGGCUUAGUUUUUAAAGGACUCUGUGAAUCGUAACUACAAUAUUUGAAUAAUAAAAUUCCUUACCAAUUUAUCUCGUUCUAUUGAUAAUACUUUAAUCUCAUUUAAAUAUCCUGAGCUGAAAUAUAUUUACCGAUUGAAGUGUAUUUGUCGACUGCUUCUCAUAAUAAAUGCAUCAUAAAAGUGAAAUUGUUUAUUUUACUGCCCAAAGAGAUAUAUAUCCUAAGUUAUUUACAAAAUUCUCUUUCUAAAAUUUGUUGUAUUUUUCUAAUGAAAUAGGUAUCCAAAAUCACUGUUGGGAAAAAUGUUCAAUGGAACAAUUCCUAUUGUUUUAGAUACAAUGAAACAGCACUAUUUUAUCGAUCGUGAUGGAACUCUUUUCAGACAUGUGCUUAACUUCUUACGAACUGAUAAAGUGAACUUAGAUCCCCAUUUUACAGAAAUGGAUCAGUUAAUUGAAGAAGCAAACUUCUAUGGCUUAUAUGAGAUGACUUGUCAGUUGAAACAAAUUAAAGGUAGGCUAAAAAGAAGAGAUGUCAGUCAGUUUGAACAAUUUAUAGAAGAAAAAAAAGACCAGAAGAUUCAUGCAAAUGAGAAAGAAUCACAAUGUACACCAAGAAAGCAAUUGAAAAUCGAUAGUCUAAAUCAAUCACACCUGAAUGAAUCAUACAGUUACAGAAGUGAAAUUGGUGAUACGGGAAUAUCGUACUCUCGAGAUUAUUCGACAGCCAAUUCGUCAUUUUAUCAAAAUGAUGACGAAAUUCAAGGUGAUGAUCCAUCAAAGAACAGGUUGAUGUACAAGAAAUACUCUUGCAUAAUGUUAGAAAUAAACAUAUCCCCACCUCAUCAAGGUAAAAUUAUACUCUCAAAGUGUAAUAAUCAAAAGUUGUUAAGAUGUUUUAAUGAAUUAAACGCGCAUUUUGCAAAUAUUCUGCCUAAUUGUUUUCAAAUUGUUGAAUGUGAAGACUAUUCUGAGCUAAGCUGGUUUAUGAUGUCAUCUUACCAACAGCUUAAAUUAUGGGAAUUAUUAUUGAACCAUGAAUGUGAAUUAGUUACUCAGUAUGAGUCAAAACAAACAGAUAAGAACUGCAUUAUUUAUUUAUUUCAAGUGAAGUUAUAA